CGCAAAAUGACCGGUAAGGCUGUAGGUGGAAACACUUGUAGCCUAAUUGAUAAUAAUAUGAGAGAAUGCACGGGUGCUUUUACAAGGGAGUUUAGAGAUAAUGAUUUCGGACCCCCUUCUUCGAGGGUUACAACUGGUAUAUAUACUGAGCUGCAGGGGACAAAACGAUGUGCACUCACGUGGGUGCACGUUCUCGGAUGGUGAGAGGUGAUGGCCUUCGUCCUUUUGCUGCUUCGUCACUUAGCGAGGAAGAUUACUUCCCUUGUCGCGUACUGGCUUGGACAGAUUCCUUCAGCAUCUCAUUUGAUCCUCCAGCGAUGUGGGUCGCUACAAUCCAAACCACUCUAGAUUCGAAGUAUUUAUCAAAAUGCCCUGUAAAUGUUUCGUAUUUGGUGGACUACCCUGUAAAGGUUCCGGCGAUAAAGACGAAGGUAAAUUCAAAGGACUUUCCACAUAUGAAGCUGACUGUGAAGUCUUCACUGCAAGACUUUCAAAAAUUGAUGAAAGAAAAGUUGUGCGAUCAUAUGGAAAUCCUAGAAGUGUUUAGGAGAGAUUCUCCUUUUGGUGCUUUCCUUGAUGUCCAACUUGUUCCCCCUCCAGCCAUGUUAUGGCAGUUGAUGGUUAGGGAGGCUAAUGUGAAAGGAGCAAAAGCUCCCGGAUACGAAGAGCAGUAUGAUAAGGAUUCACUGCAUGUUUUCGUUAAAGAAAACUGGUCAAAGGGUGUGGUAUGUUACACUUCAGUUGUCGAGAGGUUCUCAAAAUUGUGCCAGCUACUUGACGAUGAAGGGAAGAAAGAGUAUGCACUCCAGUGGAUAGUGAAGGUGGCGACAUUGAUGUUUGUUGUUCUCGUUUUAAUUGGUCAUGCUAAGAAAGAUGCCCCAGUUCCGAAAUGGAUCCUUGCCACUGUUGCAAACUCUGAUGAUUCCAUGUCUUUCCCAUGGGGGACAUGGGCAUUCCUGGAGUCCCUCCGUAUCCAAUCUUUGGGGAAGGACUUAGUUUCAGAAAAAAAGAAGCUUGUCAAAGGCGGGAAAACAUCAAACACCCUCCGAUACAAUGGCUUUGUCCUCCCCUCAUCCAGUGUUAGGAGCAUUCUUCUUCCAGAAGGAAGUGAAAUACGUGCCCCUUGGAUCACCAGUCUGACCUCCUUGCCUUAUGUUUACAAUCCAACUCUUGGAGAAUUCGUAAGGGGAAUCCAAGGUGGUGACAAGCAUAUUCAAUUAUGCAUGAAAAAACAACUUCUGGCCCAAGCAAGUGAAGAUGAAGUUCCUAUAGGAAGGAAUUCAUCUAGAGAUGAAGUUCACUCUUCAAGUGAGGGGUCAGAAGUCCCCUCCAAAAAGUAUGUCCUUAGGAGGAGAAAAGUAUCAAAGCCGUGCACCCCACAUGAAAAGGCUGAGCACAGACCUAUGUUGGAAACACAGAGCCCUCUGUUGGAAAGGACAACCAAUAUCAAGGCUUCAUCUUUAAGUGGAAAUUCUAGUCAAAUCUUGCCUAAUUCACUGAAAGAUUACAUUGAUGGUAAAUUUUCUAAGCUUCAAAAGACGCUAUGUCUGGAGGUUGAAAAUUUCUUGGAAAGAAAAUUUCAGACACUAGAAAAAAGAAUUCUCUUAACCUUACUUGCAUCCUCAAAGGGAGGGACUGACGAAGCGAAGGAAUACGAUGGGAAGAAAGAAGAGCCGGUGGAAGUGAAUGAGGUCGACCACUCUAUACAUGAAGGGGUGGACCAUAAUGAAGAGGAUGAAAUAAAAGAUGGGAAGGAAGAUGAGAAGGUCGACCCCCCUUGUUUUGAAUGGGUGGACCAUAAUGAAGAUGCUAUUAAAGAUGGGNUUCAAAAUUUGCAACCUUCGGUGCUUAGCGGAUUCAGUGAACUUGACAUUGUCCAAUUGAGAACUUCAUACGCAUAUGCAAUAUGUAGAGAGAACUUUUAAUACUCGAGUUGCCAAGGUCUUUUUGCGCUGACAACGGAAUUUCUGAUGGCACAAUGAAAAUUACUACCUCCGUCCCACUCUCUUUGUCCACUUUUGACUUUUGGAACGGUUCAUCUAAGCACUUUGACUCAUCAAAUUCUCUCAAUGUGUAAGCCUAAAUAUAGUCAUGUGUGAUCUUGUUUGAUUUGUCUUAACAUAUAGAUUAUUAAUAUAUAAUUUCUAUAAUUUUUUAAUAUACAAAUUACAAGAUAAAAUGGAUUAAAGAAAUGCAUUGGAUGGUG